AUGGGCCAGAAAUAUUCACGACCCGAACCGUGUUAUCACGGCUAUGGUGAUCAACCACCUGCCAAACGGCCAUGUAUAUGUCGUCGUCGAUCUUCGGGUUUACUAUUACCACGAGGUUCUAAACCAGAUCUGUUUCCUCAUUAUCAACGACCAAAACAACACACAAUUGCUGCUGAAGGCGUUCAUUUCGCACUAUGGUCUUCAAUUAUGAGUGUCGGUGGUGGUUUAGGAGAAAUCUUCGUCAAUCAUGAUGCUCGUAUGCAUAUUGCCGGUGAACACGCUAUACCAGAACUUCUCGAAGCACACAAACGAUCAAAAUAUUUAACAAACUUGAUGUUACUUGUCAGCGGUGUUUCCGGUGCAUUAGCCUACCAACAAACAAAAGAUAACUAUUGGCUUAUUGGUUCAGGUUUAAUGCUCGCUGGUAUCCCAUACUGUGCACUAGUCGAAUAUCCAGUUGCUGAACAACUCAAAUUCUUAACACUCGACGCUAAAUCGGAAAAAGCUCGUACGUUACUCGCUUCGUGGGGUGGUAUUCAACUUGGUAAACUCGCAUUAGCUGUCGGUGGUGCCACAAUUUUCUACUGGUUCGCUCGCCGUUAA